AUGGUUACGCCUCGUGUUUCCAUUAAAUUUCACAUAGCUUGCUUACCAAAAGCUAUUGCCACCCCAGUUGGGUUGCAGUCUAUACCUCGUCUGGGUUUCUUCAUUUCCGAUCAGUCUGAUAAAGAUGCUGAAGCCUAUGAGUAUAUGACGACAUACAAAGAGAUUGUAGCUCGAGUUGGGCGCACCGAGAAUGUGCUUGGCUGGUAUCAUUCACAUCCUGGCUAUGGAUGCUGGUUGUCAGGAAUUGAUGUCUCGACGCAAAUGAUGAACCAGACCUACCAAGAGCCGUUUGUCGCCAUUGUCAUCGAUCCUAUUCGUACUAUUUCUUCUGGCAAAGUAAAUCUUGCCGCUUUCCGAACAUAUCCGUUUGGAUAUCGAUCUCCUGAUGAGGAGCCAUCAGAAUAUCAGUCCAUCCCUAUGGACAAAAUUGAGGACUUUGGUGUUCACUGCAAGCAAUACUAUGCUCUCACAGUAUCCCAUUUCAAGUCAGUGCUGGAUAGGCGACUACUCGACUUGCUAUGGAAUAAAUAUUGGGUCAACACGCUUAGUUCAGUUAGUAUCCUUGCCCAGCCAGAUUAUUUGUCUGGCCUUACGAGAGACCUUGCGGAGAAGGUUGAGCACGCAGUCACUUCCGUAAGCUUUAUGUUGCUUACCUUUAUCUUUGCUUCCUUUUGA